AGUAUCCAAAUUGCAAAACUGUGUAACACUGGGCGUAACGAUUAUAAAAAAUAUUUCUUUUGGGGCUCCAUUUCGGUUGAAAAAAGAUUAGGAAUCGAAAGACACUAUCUGCAAGUGUCAAAUAAUCGGUGUUUGCUUAGGGACCGCAAACGAUUUUUGCGGGGUUUCGUCCACCCCGUUCUGCCUCUAAAAAGGGUGGAGACAAAGCCCACACAUACACACUUUUGUCCAGAGCAGCGCAGCUUGCUGAGUAAAGUAGAAAAUGUAUCCAAAGGAGUCCAAUGGCCGUUUUUGCGAGCAGAUAUGAACAAAAAUUGCCAAUUGACGACACCCAGGCGCUGAGCUGCGAGAUAACCGCCGUCCAGGAGGUCGCCGGACAUACGGAGUACCUGCUGCGCGUGUGGAGGGGCGCCAGCAACAAGGAUUACUGGACCGUUCUGCGCCGCUACAAUGACUUCGACCGUUUGGACAAGUCUCUCCGUGUCUCCGGCAUCGAGCUGCCGUUGCCUCGCAAGCGCAUCUUUGGUAACAUGCGCCCGGACUUCGUAGCUGAACGGAAACAAGCUUUGCAAGUGUACAUAAACGCCGUACUAAUGAAUCCCAUUCUGGCCUCCUCGCUGCCAGCCAAGCGCUUCGUGGAUCCCGAGAGUUACUCGCAGUCCUUUCACGACCAUGCCGUGCAGAACGCCAUGCUUUGCUUACGAACCGACCCGACCUGGUCCCUGGGUGGAAGUAUGGGUGCCAUAGGCUGGCGCCUCCGGAAGCACUAUUUUAAGGUUACCCCCAAACCGCCGGAGAAGAGCAGCAACAAGCAGUUGGUUAAGAGCGGCUCGCAGACCCAUCAGAGCAAGCAUUUCGCCGCCGGAAGCAGCAACGGCAGCGGUCACUCCAUCGAUGCGGGCACACUGGAACCUGGGGCCGAGGUGGUGGCGGAGUGGCUCGAAUAUGGACCGGACAAGUUCGUCGACGAGAAGGAAAUAGGAGGUAUAAUGAAAAGCCUGAUGGGUUUGCAGCAUCCGCAUAUUGAGCCUGUGCUUCUGGCCGCCCACACCGAACACGGAUGCCUCGUCAUCAGAAAGUUCCAUAAACAUGGUACACUAAAGGAUGUUUUGUGCAUGGCCGCGAAUCCAAAGAAUCCAUUUCUCAGCAAAUACGGCAAUCCAAAGGGGAGAACUGCACUCUCAAUGAAACAGGUGGCUACUUAUGGCAAACAAAUCCUUGAGGCUCUCAUAUUUUUGCAUUCCAAGGGUUAUGCAUAUGGUCACCUACAUUCGGGAAACAUAGUGAUAGUUGACGAUUGUGUUAAGCUGCUGGACAUCGAGAACUUUUUGCUGGGCGUACCAGCUUUUUACCGGCCAUUUUUUAUGCAGCACAGCAAAAUCCAUGCAAUCGAGACUAUUGAUGUUUACUGCUUCGGUCAUGUUCUCUUCGAAAUGGCAAUGGGUUAUCCGCUGCAGGAGUCUGUUGUUCGCCAGAUCACCGAAUGUCCCGAUGCUUUAAAAUGUCUGCUGGAAAGCAUCCUAUCCAAGGAAGCUUGCAAGGCCGGCCUACCGACGCUGGAGCAACUUUUGGGGCACAGAUUCUUCACGCAAUACGCUUCAACUGAGGGCGCUGCCGCCGCUGCCAAUGCUGAGAAGCCGUACUUCAAGCUAUCCCUGAACGCCAAGGAGCUGCUGAAGCAGGCAGCCAUCAAGAGCGAGAAUCGCUUGCGGGACGAACAGAAAUCUGUGAAAAACCAAAAGCGCAUUGUGCGCGUCCAGGAGAUGAUGAGCUCUGAGGAGGAGAAACGCAAGUCCAAGCAAAAAGCAAAACUAGAGCACAAACAGUCGAAGCUAAAGCAGCAAGGUUCAAUCCAAACGAACAAUGGACGCUUGUCGCUUGUUGCUGCGACUGCAGCAGCAGCUUCCUCCAGCACCUCGGUGGUUGGUGGGUUAUGUGGGGCCGACUCCUUCAACCGCUCCGACAGCACUCCCGAGGAGCCCACACUGGCCGGCAUCAAAUCCCCUCCGCUUACUCCAGCGCCGCAUUUGGCCGGUGUUUAUCAGCAGGAUUUACCGGCGUCGCCCGGCGCUUCGGUGGAACGGCAAUCUUCGACACCAAACAUGCUGGCUGACGAUGUUGAGGGCGGCGAGGGUGACGAGCUGACCCGCUCCGCUCUGCUGGAAUCCAUCUGCAAGUUUAACCGCGGAUCACUCCGCAAAGUGCGGUCCAAUGACUAGCUGGGGUGCUAAAAGAUUUAUAAACAUUACAAUUUUUGGACCAAAUGUGGCGUUAUAAAAUAACGGUGCCAUCAAAAAAGAACUCAAAACUUAUCGAAUUCCAAAAGCUACAUUUUUAGAGGCAUAUUAAAAAAAAACCAGCAGAUCGAAGACACCGCUGAACAUAGCAUAUAACCCAAAACAAUCCAGCAAUUACUAUAUGUACUAACGAAACCCACUGAUUAUAAUUAUUGCAUCUCUUAUACGUGUCCACUACACAUUGCAUACGAUUUAUCGGCUAAAAGGAAUGUGUCUAUUUAUGUAAACAAGUUACAAGUCACACAUUUGCGAGCAGACGCCCCGGAUUGCAACUAAAGCUUUACCUAUGUGUCCACUACACGACUGAAACUAACUUUGGUACGAAUAUCUUAAAAGAAAAAUGGAACAAAAAAAAAACUAGAAUGAAUCGACGUACAGAGAAAUUUAGUACUUUCCAAUAUUUACAUAAGUCUGCACCAAAAUUUGCACGAGACGAAGACGCUAUUCUUUUAUAAGGCCCACUGGCCAAUAUAGUACAUGGAUGUUAGAUGUCUAAGAAAUUGUUCCUUGGUGUUGUGCUAUCUCCACCAGCGCGUUUUUAUCGCCACUUUUUAGUAGUUGUACUGCAGGUUUUUUAACUGAAUUUUGAGUUUUUAUAUUUCGAAGAGCCACGAAUGUUUUAAAAACACUCAACUGUUCGUUAAAGUCUAAACAUACUCGGAGUCCUGGACUCAAAAAAGUCAAAGCAACAGACAAAGACAAGAAAAUGUGGCCAAGAAUUCGCACUGUUAUUGUUUUUCUUUUUAUAGACAAUUUAUUAGGUGUGUAUUUAACCCAAUCCGAACAACGUAUCCAGUAUAUUUAUAUUUGAAUAUGUGUAUAUAUGUGUAAUUGAUGUUUUGUGGCCACAAGAGCACCCAAGAGAAAUAACGUAAAUAUCGUAACUCGAUGUGUGUAUUAUCGUCUUCUUACAGUGUGUAUAUGUUUGAUAUACUUUAAAGUUUGAACCGGAAACCAUACCGAAAUGCUAACACGAAACGGAAUGCAUAUUCCCCAAACAUAUUGCAAAUCAAAUAAAGUGUAAACUAAUUGUCGUUGUA